UUAAGUGCGACGUGUUCCACUCAGUACAUCAGAAAAUGUUGACAAAACGACUGCGUUUUCGCCUCAAACACUGAAAAUAAAUCCGUUUUACAUCGAUCUCGCGUAAAUAAACAUGUAUGUCAUGUUUUAAUUAAUAACUUUUGUGUCAUGAAACCGUCUCUUCGGAUUUAAUUCAUUUUUUAGUUAAGAAGCGAGAAAAAUAAGAAAAGUACAAGAAACGGGGGGGCUACCAUGAAGCUUUUAGCAGGGUUUCGUAUCCACACGUGUAGGGUUAUUUUACUUACAUCGCUCGUAUGGUUCCUGGUGUUCGUGGUCGUGUUAUCGUUUUACUCGGACUGUUUAGGCGGUAAUUGUAGUGGUAAUAAUAAGAAAAGUGAUGAUUUUAACGUGUUAGUACCGGGUGGUUUGGUGAAAACAGACGUGGAAAUUAGAGACAUUGAUGGUAGAAAUGCUGUUUCGUUGCAGGAAAGCGAAGAGAGUAGUUCUGGCAUUAGUCGAACGUAUAAACCGAAUUUAUUGAAAAAAUGGAGGCCUGCACCUAAAGUUCAAGCUGCGGUUGGAAAAUCGGGUGAAAUGGGGAAAGCCGUUCACAUUCCGAGUGAAAAAGAAGCCUUGAUGAAGGAAAAAUUUAAAUUGAAUCAGUUUAAUUUACUUGCUAGUGAUAUGAUUUCGCUCAAUAGAUCGUUAACAGAUGUUCGAUUAGACGGUUGUAAAAAGAAACAGUACCCGAAUCUGUUACCAACCACAUCAAUAGUGAUAGUUUUCCACAACGAAGCGUGGUCCACAUUGCUUAGGACCGUUUGGAGUGCCAUAAACCGAUCCCCGAGACCUUUAUUGAAAGAAAUUAUUCUUGUCGAUGACGCAAGUGAAAGAGAUCAUCUCGGAAAAGAAUUAGAAGACUACGUAGCAACUUUACCGGUACCAACUUAUGUUUAUCGAACAGAAAAGCGUUCCGGAUUGAUUCGAGCUCGCCUCCUCGGUGCAAAACACGUAACCGGUGAUGUAAUAACGUUCUUGGAUGCGCAUUGUGAAUGUACGGAAGGUUGGUUGGAGCCACUUUUAUCUCGGAUCGUUGAAAAUCGAAAAACCGUUGUCUGCCCGAUCAUCGAUGUCAUCUCUGAUGAGACUUUCGAGUAUAUCACAGCUUCCGAUAUGACUUGGGGUGGGUUUAAUUGGAAAUUAAAUUUUCGAUGGUAUCGGGUACCCCAAAGAGAAAUGGAUCGGAGGGAAGGUGAUCGAACGGCUCCUUUGCGAACUCCAACGAUGGCCGGCGGUUUAUUUUCAAUCGAUAAAGAGUAUUUUUAUGAAAUAGGGUCUUAUGAUGAAGGAAUGGAUAUUUGGGGGGGUGAAAAUUUAGAAAUGAGUUUUAGGGUUUGGAUGUGCGGAGGUGUUUUGGAGAUUGCAACUUGUUCCCAUGUUGGACACGUCUUCCGGAAAUCGACUCCGUAUAGUUUUCCUGGGGGUACGAGCAAAAUCGUAAACCAUAACAAUGCUCGACUCGCUGAGGUCUGGCUUGAUGAGUGGAAACAUUUCUACUAUAAUAUUAAUCCAGGUGCUCGAAGCGUUCCUGUUGGUGAUAUAACCUCGAGGAAAGAUCUCCGGAAGCAACUGCAAUGCAAAAGUUUUCGUUGGUAUUUAGAAACGAUUUAUCCCGAGUCACAAAUGCCGUUGGAAUAUUAUUAUUUAGGGGAUAUAAGAAAUUCGGAAACUCAUAAUUGUUUGGAUACAAUGGGUAGAAAAUCCGGUGAAAAUUUGGGUAUAACUUAUUGUCAUAACCUCGGAGGGAAUCAAGUGUUUGCUUACACGAAACGGCAACAAAUUAUGUCUGAUGAUAAUUGUUUGGAUGCAAGCUCGAAAGAUGGUCCAGUUAAAUUGGUGAGGUGUCACGGAAUGGGUGGAAAUCAAGCUUGGGUUUAUGACGAAAUCGACCGGGUGAUUCGGCAUGAAAAUACGGGUCAAUGUUUGGAGAAGCCAGAUAAUAAGAAAGAUGGUAAUUUGCCGGUUUUAAGAAAGUGCAAUUAUGAGCCAGGACAACAGUGGAUUAUGAAGAGUGAAUUUAAGUGGCAGGCCAAUAAUAAUAGUAAUAAAGAGGAUAAAGAUAGAUAGGUUUAUAUGAAAAUUCUUAAAAUGAAGAGUCGGCAACGUUACAAAUGUGAUACGUGUAGAUAAUAAUCGAGAUUAGUUUUUAUUAUUAUUGAUUUAUAUUUUUUAUUUUGAUUAAAAAAGAUAAUUAAGAAGGAAAUGGUUGUGUACA